UUUUUAUUUAUAUCAUCAAGGAACGUUUGUUGCGAGCACCGAAAGGGGCUCCAAAAACACGCGCACGCGAGAGAGACGACGGCGAGAAAUACAAAUCGGGGAGGGGAGGAGGAAAAGAAAGAAAGAAACAGAGAGAGAAGAGCAGCGGAGGACGAAGCCCGCGCCACACGGAGGGAGGGAGGAGGGGGAGGAGGACGACGAGGAGCUCCAGCAGAAGCAUUCAGGCAUUCAUUCAGGCAGGCAGGCAUGGGGCUACUACUUCCGGGCGGGGCCGUGCUGCUGGUGCGCAUGCCUCUCGCAGCGUCCCUCUCCUCCUCCUGCUCCUCCUGGCACCGAAGAAUUCCGCAUCUGCGCGUCUCCUCCCCGUCCUCCUUCCCCUCCUCAUACGAGGGACUCUCUUCUUCUUCUUCUUCUUCUUCUUCUGUGCCUGCUGCUCCUCUGUUGCGCUCUGGCGUCGCUGCUGGCCUUGCGUCUUCGCUACCCGUCUCCAGGUGGUUUUUACGAGGCUUCUCGACGCUGAAGUUCGAGAAUGGAGCGGGCGCAGCAGUGUCUGCUAUGAAUUCUUUGGGGAGCGAUGGCGCUACUGCGUUCGAAAAUAAUUCUAGCGUGUCAUUGUCGCCUGCUUCCGCGAUCCAGUUUCUCACGCUUAUUCAGCGUCUCAAGACUACAAAGAGAACAGGGUGGGUAAAUCACGGCGUGAAGGAUUCGGAAUCUAUUGCUGACCAUAUGUACCGCAUGGCAGUCAUGGCUAUUAUCUCAGGAGAUUUACCAGGUGUGAACAAAGAUAGGUGUGUAAAGAUGGCCGUGGUGCAUGACAUUGCCGAGGCCAUUGUGGGUGACAUUACGCCCAAUGACAAUGUUCCUAAAGAAGAGAAGAAUAGACUAGAAAGUGCUGCAAUCGAUGAAAUGUGCCAGUUACUUGAAGGUGGAAUGGGAGGUGAGGAAAAUUUAGACCUGGUUAAGCUUGAACUGUGUCAUGAAGAAAAUAAAUAUGGAAACAUCGCGCGUUACGCGGAUGAAGUGAGGGAGCUAUGGCAGGAGUACGAGAAUAACAGCACUCCUGAAGCCAAAUUUGUUAAAGACUUGGACAAGUUGGAGAUGAUCUUGCAAGCUGUGGAAUACGAAAAAGAGCAAGACAAGGUACUGGAUGACUUCUUUCAAUCCACCAAAGGAAAAUUUCAAACCGAUCUUGGAAAAGCAUGGGCAGCUGAAAUCGUGAAGCGAAGGCCUAAAGUGACAUGAAAGCGGCAAGCAGCAUCAAGUGCUGCAGGAACAUUUUUGUGGACAGUGACGAGGUUUACAUUGAUAUGAACCAUUUUCUCAUCCGCACUGCGCACACGGUGGGGACUCCCGUGGUUGAAGGUGCAUUGAUUGAAGCGGCGCGUUGCUGGAGCACCAGAGGACUUUCGAAGAGUUUUCUCGAAUUGAUAAACAGUAAUUCCCAGUCAUCAGCUUGCACACAGUUUUAAAAUUCACAAGGGAGUUUUCUAAGGUGUGAUUGUUUAAGUACAGUCAGAUCUCAAGAUGUCAGGUGGCUGUAUUGUUUAGAAUAAAAAGCUUAUCACCAGUUACGCAAUUAAUUUACGUCAA